AUGACGACCUUUUCGAUCCGCGCUUUCAUCCCGCCAUUGACGCGCCGAUGCGUGCCCCUCCAAACAACGCGUCGCUACGCCGUCCAAGCUCCCGGAGCUCCAACACUCGAAAUAUUCAGUAACCAGCAAAAAUGGAUGCAAAAAGAAAGAGCUGCGUCCAAUGCAGAGACCAGCAGGAGCGUAGACUACCUGAGAGAUGAGGUCGCCUCACGACUGUGUGAGCGAGUAUUGGACAUCAAUCGCCACUUUCCACAAGUCCUCGACCUCGGCGCCAAUGCCUGCAAUAUAGCCCGCAUGCUCACUCUCCCCUCUGAAGAGACUCCAGAUAAAGGCCCGCGCUCCAAACGCAUCGGGACCAUCACCGCCGCCGAGUCCUCCGAGACACUCUUGUACCGCGACGCCGACCUGCCCUUCAACAAGGAGGUCGACAUCGUCCGACAAGUUCUGCCGACCUCUGAGCUGCUGCCCUACGAAGCCAGCACAUUCGACGCUGUUCUGAGCAGCUUGAGUUUGCACUGGAUCAACGACCUGCCAUCUGUGCUGGCCCAAGUCAACCACAUCCUGAAGCCAGACAGCCCCUUCAUGGGCGUUAUGAUGGGCGGCGACAGCCUGUACGAGCUGCGCACCUCUCUUCAGCUGGCCGAGCAGGACCGCCGGGGUGGCGUGUCAACACACACUUCCCCUCUGGCUGAUGUGCGAGACGUGGGCGGGCUUUUGCAGAAGGCUGGCUUCAACCUUCUCACUGUUGACGUGGAUGACAUUAUCAUCGACUUCCCCGAUACAUUCUCCCUGAUGAAGGAUCUCCAGGCCAUGGGCGAGUCCAAUGCGGUGCUGGGUCGUGAAAAGGGUGGAAUACAUCGGGAUGUCUUGCUAGCUGCCGAUGCGAUCUAUAGGGAGUUGCAUGGCAAUGAAGACGGUACCCUGCCAGCGACCUUCCGUCUGAUCUAUAUGAUUGGCUGGAAGCCCAGUCCUACUCAGGCGAAACCCCUGGAGCGAGGCACCGGUAUGUUCAGCAUCAAAGACUACCUGGAGAAGAACAAGGGCGAGGGCGGGAAAGAGUGA